AUGCAUAGAUGCAAGGCCGCUGACGCACUACUCUCGCAAAUGGUGAUGGAAAAUGACUACGAGAUAAUCAUCAUAAGCGAGCAGUACAAAAAGAAAGAGAGAGGUACAUGGCUAGAAGAUAGCAGCUCAACCGCCGCUAUAUGGCUACCACCAGGGAGUAACGGCGCCACUGUAAGCAAUGGGAACGGCAACGGUUUCGUGUGGGCCAAGUGGGAAAUUUUUACAGUAAUCAGCUGCUACUUGACGCCAAGUGAUAGUACACAGGCAUUCCAAGAAAAGCUCGACAAUAUAAAGGAUACAGCCAGGACUAUAGAAGGCCAAUUGAUUAUCGCCGGAGACCUAAACGCCAGAGCCGUAGAGUGGGGUAUGCCAAACACUGACUCGAGAGGAAAGAGAAUUCUAGAAAUGGCUGCGCGGCUAGGUCUAAUAGUGCUCAGCGAGGAAACCACACCAGACAUCACCCUAUCAACAGAACGCAUGGCAGGCUCAAUAAAUAAUUGGAAAGUCCUGGAGGACUACACUGGCAGUGAUCAUCAGUACAUCUCUUUCAUGAUCGACACUGGAAGAAUCGCUCACCAGCUCAGCAAAUAUAGUGGAACACGAAAGUGGAAUAUUUCGAAGCUAGACACAUCGAAACUGAUCGCCGCAAUAGACGAGCAGAACCCAUCUAGCGACCCCUCCCUUAUAGCAAGAAAACCAGUUGAGCACACAAUGCGUAAUAUAACCAAAGCCUGCAAAAAAUCAAUGCCCAAGGCUACCCACAGCAAACGUAAAGCAGCAGUUUACUGGUGGACUGAAAACAUCGCCGCACUCAGACGCACAUGCCUCCGCCUUCGCAGAUCUUACACGAGAUCCAGGCGCAGAGGAGCCGCACCCCAAGAAGCCGAGCAAUACAAAGCAGCAAAAAAGGAGCUGAAGCACGCCAUCGACGACAGUAAAAAGAAAAAAUGGGAGGAUAUAAACAGAAACCCCUGGGGGCUAGGGUACAAAAUAGUGAUGAAAAAACUCGGCGCUCGAGCAAAGCUACCUGACGUAACCGCUGCCAAAAUGGAACACAUCGUGACCGCGGAAAUUCCUCAGUUCACCCUUGAAGAGCUGCAAGUAGCCACCGGCAAGCUCAAGGCGAACAAAUCACCUGCCCGGACGGGAUCCCAGCAGAAGUCCUCAAAAUAA